AUGUCGCAACAGACGCCGGACAAAACACAUCUCUGGGAGGACGACCUGACCGAAAGUGCGGACAAAGAACGCAAGAGUCUCGCGGAAUGGGCUACUUCCGUUUCUUUCAAGCAACAAGCGGAGGAUUUUGAGAUUUAUGAUUCGGACGAUUUAAGCACCAGGGUUGAGCCUUUUCUGCGAGAGCUGGGAUUACUUGGCAAGGUAGACUGUUUGCUCGAAGUUAGAGAACAUGGCUAA